CCACGUUUGCGCUUCAUCUUUGCAUCUCCUUCAUGUUGUCCGGCGGGACUAUAGAAAAAGAUGGUAAUUGUCCCACCAUCUUGAAGUUCGUAGAAGAGUUCGACAUUUCACGAUACAAAGGCAAAUGGUACACUCAAUAUCGCACCGCAAACAAACCAAUUCUGAAUUGUGCCCAAAUGGAUGUGAUCAAGACUAGCAAAGGAUAUUACAUAAGAAACCUAUCCGAACACCCAAAGAAAAAUACUCCAAUUAUCAAUCGGUUUAAGAUAGUUGGUCUGAAUGACACAGGAGUAUUUAACGUUUCAGCUAUCGUAUUAAGCGAAAGUAACACCAGAGAACUACAAACAUGGAUUGUGGACACAGAUUACAAAAACUAUGCUCUGCAGUUCUCUUGCGCGCAUCUUCUGAAACAGAAAAGUUUGCAUGACGGACUUAUUGUGACACGGCAGCGACAUCCACCCGAAGACUUACUGGCAAGAAUCACACUUACUGUAAACGAGGUUGGAUUGGACUUAGCCGAUUUUCAAAGAGUGAACCAAGCUGGUUGUAUUCAUAAGCGACAUGCUCCGCUUACCGCGCCCUUAAAGGAUAACCUAGGAAGAAUGAAAAAUGAGGACAUUAUCACUACAGAGAAAAUCAGCAGACGUCCUACGAGAAAAUUAGCGGUAGGCAAAUAGACAGCAUUAUUAAUAAAUGUCCUUAAAUGAUUUAACAACUAA